CUGUGUGGGAGUGAAAUGUUGACAUUGAACUCUGUUCAACUUAUCUGCACUGCUGCCCAACCUGCAGAUAUUAAAGUGAACAGGUGUCGGAAAAGCUAGCCUACGCGCUACGCACUGAAUGAACUAGACUAACGACAAGCACACAACCCCUGCAGUCAUGACAGCGUCUGCCCUGCGUGCACAAAUGUCCUGGCGGAGUUGUCAGAUGACGGGCUCCCGGUACUUCCACACGAGCCACCGAACAGCGUCCAAAGAGCACGUGAAGGUUCUGGUGCUCGGGGGCGGGAGUGGAGGCAUCACGAUGGGCGCGCGCAUGAAGCGGAAAGUUGGAGCCGAGAAUGUUGCCAUCGUGGAGCCAAGUGAGAUGCAUUACUACCAGCCCAUAUGGACACUGGUGGGUGCAGGAGCUAAGAGCGUGGAGUCGUCUGGCCGCCCAACGUCUAGUGUUGUCCCCUCUGGGGUGAAGUGGCUCAAAUCCAGAGUGAUGGAGGUCAACCCAGACACCAACUCUGUUCGCACAGACUGCGGGAAAGAGAUUUCCUAUGAGUAUCUCAUUGUGGCUCUCGGCCUUCAGCUCCACUAUGAGAAGAUUAAAGGGCUACCAGAGGGGUUGGAACACCCCAAGAUCGGCUCCAACUACUCUGUGAAGACGGUGCAGAAGACCUGGAAAGCCCUGCAAGACUUCAAGGAGGGAAACGCCAUCUUCUCCUUCCCCAACACACCGAUAAAGUGUCCUGGAGCACCACAGAAAAUCAUGUACCUCUCCGAUGCGUUCCUGAGAAAGACUGGCAAGAGGUCCAGCGCAAACAUCAUAUACAACUCGUCUCUGCCAGUUUUGUUUUCGGUCAAGAAAUACGCAGACUCUCUGUGGGAGGUGGUCAAGUCUCGAGACCUGAAUGUGAAUCUCCGACACAACCUCAUAGAGGUCAGGGCAGACAAGCAGGAAGCUGUGUUUGAGAACCUGGACAAACCUGGAGAGACUAAAGUGUUUGAGUAUGAGAUGCUGCAUGUCACCCCCCCGAUGGGCCCCCCUGACGUCCUGAAGGGAUCUCCGCUGGCCGACGAGGCCGGCUGGCUCAACCUCAACAAGGAGACGCUUCAGCACAACGUCUACCCCAACGUGUUUGGCAUCGGAGACUGCACCAACCUGCCCACUGCCAAAACAGCGGCCGCUGUGGCUGCACAGUCGGGCGUGCUUGACGGAACAAUCGACAGAAUAAUGAAGAACAGCAAGCCUGAUACGAAGUACAAUGGCUACACGUCCUGUCCCCUGGUCACCAGCUACAACACGGUCAUCCUGGCUGAGUUUGACUACUCCUUCCAACCUCUGGAGACGUUCCCCCUGGACCAGAGCAAGGAACGGAGGACCAUGUACCACAUGAAGGCUGACUUCAUGCCCCACCUCUACUGGCAUGGCAUGCUGAAGGGUCUGUGGGGAGGACCAGGCCCAUAUCGGACCAUCAUGCACUUGGGGAUGAAAUAGAGUCCAGAGACCACGAGGACGUCUCCACCCUCUGCCACUGGACGCUAAGGGAUCCAUUCGGACCCUCUUAAUAUCUAAAGUAAAGUGACUCUUAUGGAAGAUCUGAGAGUAAUCCAGAUACAUUCACUUCAGCCACUGAAGACAAGGCUGGAUACAUAGUGCAUAUCUUGGGCAACAACUCAAUGAGAAUAUAAUGAUAAGGUGUUAGAUUUUAUUAUUUUGCAUUUUAGACACUUUUGUCCAAAGGGACUCACAUAUGACACACAUAUGUAUUAUCACAAGGGAUGACACUGUACUGUAUCGGAGCAACUUGGGGUUAAGUGCCUUUCUCAAGGGCACAAUGGUGCAGGCCGGGAAUUGAACCAACAACUUUCAGGCUACUGCACACUAGCCCAGCUCCUUAACCACUACACUACUACUACUGCACACUAGCCC